CGCCGGCUGCAGCCGCGUCCGGGCGCUGUUUGCUCCCAGUUCCCUCCCAGUGCUCUCAGUAAGAGCCAGACUGGGAGGGAAAGCGCUCCCGAGUCCUGCCCGCUGCUCCCGGGAUCGCUGCCGGGGCCGCGCGGGGCGGGGCCGCUUUGGAACCACCCCAGGGCGGAGCGCGGCUGCUUUUGGGUGUCGGCACCGCCCGGGCCGGGCUGGGAGCGGAGGAGGCGCGGGAGGAAGAGGAGGGACACAGGAGGAGGAAGAGGAAAGGCGGGAGCGGCAGGAAGAGGCGGAGCGGGAACACGAGGGACAGAGGAGGAGGAGGAAGACGAAAAGCGGGAGGAAGAUCUCCCCUGAGACCCGCAGGUGAGCGGGGAGGGGGAGCUCGCCCCGAAUCCAUCGCGGGGCUCUCCGGGAGGGUUUUUGUGCGGCCCAGGGCGUGUUCGGAUCUUGCAGGAGCCCGAAGCCGAGCCGGACAUGGCCCUGGAGGGCUCCGGGCAGCAGGCGGUGGGAGAGGCCGCUGUGAGCGGCUCCGCGGCGCAGGAACGCAACGGGGAGGAAAAGCCGCGGAGAUGCCGCACGAGGAGGGGCUGCAAACGCAGAUCUCGGGGCUCCGAGCACGAAAGAUCCAGCCCUGGCCGGGGAGGCGGCCGCAGCUCGGAGCUGGGGGUCCCUGAGCAGCCUCAGGAGGCGGAGAAGCCCCACAAGUGCUCGGAGUGUGGGAAGAGCUUCAGGUGGAGAUCAGAACUGACCAUUCACCAGAGGAUCCACACCGGGGAAAAGCCCUACGAGUGUGACCAGUGCAAGAAGAGGUUUCCCACCAGCUCCAAGCUCCUCGUGCACCAGCGCAUUCACACGGAUGAGAGGCCCUUCCGCUGCCCCGACUGCGGGAUGGGCUUCAAGGCCAAAUCCACCCUCAUCAACCACCAUCGCAUCCACACCGGGGAGAGGCCCUACGAGUGUGGGGAGUGUAGGAAGGGCUUCAGGUCAAGCUCCCAACUGAUCAACCACCAGACGAUCCACACUGGAGAGAGGCCCUACGAGUGUGACCAGUGCAAGAAGAGGUUUCCCACCAGCUCCAAGCUCCUCGUGCACCAGCGCAGUCACACGGAUGAGAGGCCCUUCCGCUGCCCCGACUGCGGGAUGGGCUUCAAGGACAAAUCCACCCUCGUCAGCCACCGGCGCAUCCACACCGGGGAGAGGCCCUAUGAGUGUCCUCAUUGUGGGAAGAGCUUUAACACAAGCUCCUACCUGAUCAUCCACCAGAGGAGCCACACGGGGGAACGGCCCUACGAAUGUGGAGAGUGUGGGAAGAGCUUCAGCACGAGGUCUACCCUGAAUCUGCACCAGAUGAUCCACACUGGGGAAAGGCCCUACGAGUGUGAGCAGUGCAAGAAGAGGUUUCCCAAAAGCUCCCAGCUCCUUCGGCACCAGCGGAUUCACACAGAUGAGAGGCCCUUCCGCUGCCCCGACUGCGGGAUGGGCUUCAAGGCCAAAUCCACCCUCAUCAGCCACCAGCGCAUCCACACCGGAGAGAGGCCCUACGAGUGUGAGCAGUGCAAGAAGAGGUUUCAGACCAGCUCCAAUCUCCUCAAGCACCAGCGGAUUCACACGGGGGAGAAACCCCACAAGUGCUCGGAGUGUGGGAAGAGCUUCAGCCAGCGCUCUGCUCUGAUCAUCCACAAGAGAAUCCACACCGGGGAAAGGCCCUACAAGUGUGGGGAGUGCAAGAAGAGGUUUCAGACCAGCACCUACCUCCUCCUGCACCAGCUAAUUCACUCGGAUGAGAGGCCCUUCCGCUGCCCCGACUGUGGGAUGGGUUUCAGGCAUAACUUCCACCUCGUCAGACACCGGCGCAUCCACACCGGGGAGAGGCCCUAUGAGUGUGAGCAGUGUGGGAAGAGCUUCAACACGAGCUCCAACCUGAUCAGACACCAGAGGAGCCACACCGGGGAGAGGCCCUACGAGUGUGAGCAGUGCAAGAAGAGGUUUCCCACCAGCUCCCGUCUCCUCCGGCACCAGCGCACUCACACGGAUGAGAGGCCCUUCCGCUGCCCCGACUGCAGGAUGGGCUUCCAGCAAAAGUCCACCCUUGUCAGGCACCAGCGCAUCCACACCGGGGAGAGGCCCCACGAGUGUCCCCAGUGUGGGAAGAGCUUCAGCCAGUGCUCUGCCCUGAUCAGACACCAGAGGAUCCACACGGGGGAGAAGCCCUACGAAUGUGGAGAGUGUGGGAAGAGCUUUACCAGGGGCUCAACCUUGACCCAACACCAACAGAGCCAGCACUGAGGGAAGUCCUGUGAGUGCCCCGAGUGCGGGAAGAGCUUCAUGCGCUGCUCCAGCUCCAUCCCCCAUGGGAGGAUCCCCCCUGGAUGAUCCCCAGUGACCCCCGGUGGGCAGAGCCCCGGUGAUCCGCGGUGCCGGUGAUCCGUGUUGGGCACACACCUGGCUGGGGACUCCACAUGUUCCUGGCUCCCUGUGGCCAAGAUUGUCUUUUCAUUUCUCUUAUCUUUUCAAAAUCCUCAAAAACUGUUAUGCAAUAAAAGUUUUUAAUAAAGACCUAGAUGGGGA